ACCAACGAAAUGGGAUUGGCUUUAACAAACAGGUCAACAAAUUUCUAAAGAUUUUCUAAAAAAAAUUAUCACAGAAUUCAUUCAACACCAAGAACGGUGUGUGGGAUUUGUUGUGCAUCUGGAAUGUUCGCUUUGAGGCGUAGAACAUUUUGCGUUGUAAGUUAUAAUUCGUUCAAAUUCGAAAGAUUUUAGACGCUGUAAACUGCAAUUAUCUGUAAACUUAUCGGUACUGCAUCCUAAGGAUGUCUGAAUACGGUAAGUGUUUCAGCGCAAGUUUGCACUGUACACAACAUGAACGACGCUGUGCUGGAUUUAACCCAAAGAGCAUUCGAGACGAUGGGAUUUGAGAUUUACGAUCAAAAUGGCUUACACUGCAACUCAUUGAAGCACCUAGUUGUAGCGCCCAAUAUUAUUGUGAAGAAUCUCAAGCCACCACCCUUGUUGCCUGUGUCUGAUGCCACACUUAGACGCAUUUUUGAUAUUCCGGACGAAGAGGGCGACCGUUCGUACGUGGAGCUUCAGAUUAAAUCGUUAAUGGAUAUUGUUCACCAUUAUGAGGAGGAGCUUCUAUCUGACAAUCCGAGUGCAGCCAUUACUAAAGAGCAAAUCAAAAACCAAGAAGGUAUGGUGCAAAAAAUCAGCAAAAACUCUGAACGCGAACACAGCACAAUUCGCCGAAACCUAUCAAAACAGCGGAAAACGACGCAGAGUGUCGAGGUAUCGAAUCCAACUAAAGACGAGCUAGCAAUAAAACGCCAAGAAGCGAUGCGCGAGUUUCAGUUGUUGGUGCAACUCGUAAAAUACAUUAUCACAAAACUGAUGAACACAGAGUUGGUGAACAAGCAAAAUUUAAUAGCCAGCCUGCGCACGUUUCGGCGUUCCUACGAAAGAUCCGAGGAGCGGCAACAACCAAUAGCUAAUCAGAUUUCUACCAGUAAUUCGAUGGAAAACAAAUUGGAAAACAGUAAUGUAGCUUCCACUUCAAAGAAGCCUAGAAAAAAUGAAGAAACCAAUACAGGGGACUUCCAACUUGCUUAGGCACACGAACAGGCACGCUUAGGCUUGCAACAGGAAAUAGGAAAUUAAACAUCUUUUGUUUCGGAAAAUAAAAUGU